AUGGGAGGUCUCAGCCUCAUCAAAAUUGCCCAUGUGCAUGCAGCAAACAGCCUUCCCAUUCAAGAGCAAGCUAGUGGACUGAUACCUCUCCGACAAAUCCUGGAAAAUCAGAUACGCCUCCUGGAUCUUCGACCCACCCUAAUCCACCAAAAAUCACCACUUUUUUCACCAUCAUUACUAUUCCAAAUCUCAAUUAAUAUAAAUACAAAUAGAAUACAAUACCACAGCCAAAUCAAGCCACGCAUUGGCGAUCUGCGUGAGAGUGUGAUCCUCGUCCAUCUGCUGCAUGAUCCGCAGCUGCCUCUUCGCGUAAUCCGACCUAUGCAUCUUAAUGAAGAUCUGAACAUUCAGCUUCGGGAAUUGGGGUUAUGGGUAGAUGCUGACUCUGGUGCUGAGCUGAGCUGA